CAUCGAUACUGUGAUGGCGGAAGUCGGUUGGUUUGGAAAUGACAUUUUAUAAAUGUCAGCUGUUCGAUGCACUUGUUUAUUUAUUGACAAUUAUUUAUUUAUAUCCGGCGAAAGCUUCUAUUAGAAUACUGCAACCUCUUCCUGCUACAACUAUAGUUGAUCUUGGAUCAAAAUUAACACUGUCUUGUAAUGUGAGUGGCAUUCCAAAUCCACAAUUCAGCUGGUUUAAAGAUGGACAGAAGCUGGCCUCUGAAUUAAAGCGGAGAAUACGCGAGUUAGAAAAUGGAAUUCUAGUAUUUACCACUUUGGAAAAAUUGGAUGAAGGAAAUUAUACCUGUCAUGCUGAAAAUGAUUUUGAUGCUCUGAAUUUAAGUACUCGAGUUAUUAUUCAAACUCCUCCAGACAAAUUGGUUGAUGUCAGCGUUCACCCAACAACAAUUGUAGCCACCAUCCGCUGGAGAGUUUCAGACGAUGGUGGUUAUCCAAUAACUCAUUUUACUCUGAUGUACCGUCCAUUACAUUCCAAUGAGAGAAUUGCUGCUUGGCAUAUCCCAUUUCCUAUUCUCAUUAGUCCAAUUGCACGUCAAUUUCUUGUAUAUAAUCUGCAACCGGGAAUGGAUUACAUUUUUCGCCUCUGGGCCAACAACAAAUUGGGUCCGGGAGAAGCAACUGUAGUGCAAGCCUCGACGACAAACACAUUAGAGUCUCCAGGUAUUUUAUAAGUUUAUUAAUCUGUAACAAAAUGUGCAAUAUUCCUACAGCAAUAUAUUUUUUUACUUGAAAUUUCAUUAAA